AUGUCCACCCCUGCAAACCUUGACCGCCCUAUUGCGGAUCUUCUCCGUGAAGGCACCGUCAGUGCUCACAAGAACGUCGAGACGUCCAAGGGUGCCCUCGCUCUCACCCAUGGCGAGCUCGACAGAGAGGAAUAUGUUCGUUUCCUCAUCAUGCUUUACAACGUUUACGAUCUUUCAUUCGUCUCUUGCUCCGUGCCGGUCUUUGGGAUCUCCAGUACGUUAGAGACAGCGCUGGAGAAGCAUGCCUCCAACCCUGUCCUUGGUCCUACGUACAACCCACCACUUCUUGCACGGUCACCCGCCUUGCUCUCGGAUAUCUCUCACAUUCUCGGCCACCCGCUCUCUACCAUCUACUCCCAUCCUCUGGUGGCCUCCCUCGCUAUCUCGCCAUCAUCAUCAUCCUCUUCACGACCUCCACCGAACCCGAAGGAUAUCCCAACCGGUCUAGAGGAGUACGUGUCCCGCCUCUCUACUCUCGCCGUCUCGCCCGACCCUGCGCCUCUCCUUGCACACGCCUACGUACGCUACCUCGGUGACUUGUCGGGUGGACAGCAGAUUAAGCUUAGAGUUAAGAAAGCUUACGGCUUGGAAGAGGACGAUGGGCAGGGCAUCAGCUUUUAUGAGUUCGGAAAGUUGGGUGGCGAGACUGGACCUGCCACCAUGGGAGACAUGAAGAAGAUCAAGGAAUGGUACAGGGAGGGUAUGAACGCUGGCGUGGGCGAUGACAAGGACCUGAAACUAACCAUCGUUGCCGAAGCCAACAAAGCGUUCGAACUCAAUACAGGCCUCUUCGCAUCAUUGCGAGCCCCUUCCAGCCCUCCCUCCAAGUCCUCCACUCCUCCGCCCUCGGAAGAGACGUUCCUCGGCGACCCUACAUCCCCUACGACCGAGAAGUCACACUUCGAGAAGGCACGUGAGGAGUCGAUCCAGCUCUUGCAGACCAACCCGCAAGUAGGCCUGAAGGAGCCGACGUUCACCAUGGCUGGCGUGCUUUCGUUCUUGGUUGCAUUGGGGAUCGCCCAUCUAGCGUUGACUAUCGGCGGGUUUACGGGUGCGCGUGGUUGGGAGAAGUUGGAGGCCGUGGAGGAGUGGGUUGCGGGUCUUUUCGGGCAAUGA